UUUCUCAUCACUUCCAACUUACCCAUCGCUCAGCCGGAGAGACUGAGCUGGUUACUAUCUGGGUGAGAAAACUGGAGAGACCGAGCUGGUUAUCAUCCACGCCUAUCAAUCAAAGUUCAUCAAUGGCUGAGCCUCACACGCAGGAAGAGCAUUUCGACGUCCUUACCAAAACUGGAGAGAAGACUGGAGUUUCAAAGCCCAGGGGAGCUGUUCAUAGAGAUGGGGACUACCAUCGGGCUGUUCACGUGUGGAUUUUUGCUGAGAGUACACAAGAGUUACUUAUCCAACUACGUGCUGACUGCAAAGACUCUUGGCCUGGGUUGUGGGAUAUAUCCAGUGCCGGCCACAUAUCUGCUGGCGAUUCAUCACUCGUGACAGCUAGGAGGGAGCUUCAAGAAGAGCUUGGCGUUAUUCUUCCAAAGGACGCAUUUGAAAUGAUAUUUGUUUUUCUCCAUGAGACCAUCACAAAUUGUGGACAAUUUAUCAAUAAUGAAUUUGAGGACGUGUAUUUGGUAACAACAUUGGAUCCAAUCCCUUUGGAGGCUUUUACUCUUCAGGAAUCAGAAGUGUCUGCUGUUAAAUAUAUACAUUACCUGGAGUAUAAAAGCUUACUUGCAAACGAAGAUCCUGGGUAUGUCCCAUAUGAUGUAAAUGGGCAAUAUGGUCAACUUUUUGACAUAAUUACACAAAGGUACAAAGUGGACAAUGUGGCACGGAGUUUAACUUUACAAAAGCAACUGCAACGCUAUGCUUCUGUUUCACUCAAUGUUGAGUUGGAAGGGCUUACAGAUGCGGAUAAAGAGGCUCUGGAUUUACUUAUCAAGGCUGCUGCAAUAAUGGAUGAAAUAUUCUGCCUGCAGGUUUGGUACAGUAAUCCAGAUUUAAGAGAUUGGUUGGAGAAGCAUGCUGCUUCAUCGCAGUUAGAUGAAUUGAAGUGGGCCUAUUAUCUGAUUAACAAGACUCCAUGGUCUUCCCUUGAUGAAAAUGAUGCAUAUCUGACUACUGCAGAUUCGGCAAUAAAGUUGCUUCCUGAAGCAACUAGGCCAGUUUGUGGGUGGAAUGGCCUGAAAUAUAAAGCUGCAUUUCCAUUGCAGAAACCUCCUGGUGCAAAUUUCUACCCUCCUGACAUGGACAAGAUGGAAUUCAAACAAUGGAAGGACAGUCUGACGGAGGAUCAGCAAGAUGUUGUUGCAGGAUUCUUCAGCGUCAUUCGAAGACAUAGUGAAUCUAACUUAGAUUUGUCUAUUUGCAGUAGUGGUCUUGAUAGCACAAAUCCUUCGGAGGGUUCUAUUUAUGAUUUGUACAAUGUACCUUUUUCCCAGGAAUAUAGUUCUUUCCUGUCAAAAGCCGCUGAGUUAUUACAUAAGGCAGGAGAUAUAACUAGCUCUCCCAGCUUGAAGAGAUUACUACAUAGCAAGGCAAAUGCGUUCCUCUCGAAUGAUUACUAUGAAUCAGAUAUGGCAUGGAUGGACUUGGACUCUAAGUUGGAUGUUACCAUUGGUCCGUAUGAGACCUAUGAAGAUGCACUUUUUGGGUAUAAGGCUACAUUUGAAGCUUUCAUUGGAAUUCGGGAUGAUAAAGGAACUUCUCAAGUAAAAUUUUUUGGUGAUAAUUUGCAGGUUCUGGAACAAAAUCUCCCUAUGAACAAUGCAUACAAGUCAAAAGAUGUUAGUGCUGCUCCCAUUCGGGUUGUCCAGCUUCUCUACAAUGCUGGGGAUGUAAAGGGCCCUCAGACUGUUGCUUUUAAUUUGCCAAAUGACGAGCGAAUUGUGAAAGACCGAGGAACAUCAAUGGUUAUGCUUAAGAACGUUUCAGAGGCCAAGUUCAAGCAUAUUCUUCAGCCUAUUGCUGAUGUUUGUAUUACGAAUGAGCAACGUGGAUAUGUGGAUUUCGAUUCUUUCUUUACUCAUACAAUUUGCCAUGAGUGUUGCCACGGGAUUGGACCUCAUACCAUAACACUCCCGAAUGGUAAAAAAUCAACCGUGAGAAUGGAACUGCAAGAACUCCACUCAGCUAUGGAGGAAGCAAAAGCUGACAUUGUAGGCCUUUGGGCACUGAAGUUCCUCAACCUCCAGGGUCUUCUACCAGGAGCUUCAUUGAAGUCUGUGUAUACUACUUUCCUUGCGGGAUGUUUCCGGUCAGUACGUUUCGGCUUAACGGAGGCUCAUGGAAAAGGACAGGCCUUGCAGUUCAAUUGGCUACAUGAGAAAGAAGCCUUCGUUUUAAAUCCAGAUGAAACAUUUUCUGUUAAUUUUGACAAGGUGGAAGAUGCAGUUGAAAGCCUGAGUAGGGAGAUACUAACCAUACAGGCAAGAGGUGACAAGGAGUCAGCAAGGCUGCUUCUUCAGAAAUAUGGUGUCAUGUCCGAACCAUUGAAAUCAGCAUUGCAAAAUUUAGAACGAAUCCAGGUACCUGUGGAUAUAGCUCCCGACUUCCCCAUUGCCAACAAAAUAUUGGGAAAGAAGAAUUUGCCUUUAUGCUGAAGGAUUACAAUUGGAGGCAAUUUGGAGUAUGAUUAUUGCUAUGGUGUGUUAUAAUAAUUUGGAUGUAUCUCUCAUGUUUGAGAAGUGUCUUUUUCCUUCAAGAAAUGCAUUAAUAAUAUGCUUAUUGCUAUGAUGUGUAAUAAUAAUUCGGCCAUAUCAGGUGUGUAAUAGUAAUUUGGCUGUACCACUCAUGUUUGUGGAGUGUCUUUUCCUUCAAGAAAAUGCAUUAAUAAUAUUUCUUUUGCCCAUCACAGGCUUUAUUGAGCUCA